AUGCCUUCUCGCCAACGUCAAACGGCAGAUGCUCUGGUCUGCGCCUUCAACAACAUGGAUAACGAUGCUAUUCUCUCCCUUCGCGCUCCAGACUGCAUGCGCCAAAUCCUUCCUCUCUCUCUCAAUUUCCCUGCCCAAUCGAAUGCCAAAUAUCUCGCCAACCUCUCAAGCAUGAAGAGCCUCUUCACUUCGUUCCAGAUCCGCGUUGACGACGUCAUCGAAGAUUUGGUGCAGAGAAAGAUCGUCAUGUUUGUUACCGCGCUCGGACAAACGCCUGUUGGCGAGUACAACAACGAGUAUGUUUGGAAGAUGAAGUUUGAUGAAGCCGGCGAGAAGAUUGUGGAGUGGAGCGAAUUUGUAGAUGUUGGGAUGGUGAAGGAUUUUUAUCCAAGGUUGGUUGCGGAGAUUAAGAGAAGGGAAGAGGAGAAGGAGAAGGGGAGUUGA